UCAAACACAGCGAAGUCGGGUUCCACUAAUGUCAUCACCAUCUUCAACCGAAUCCAACAUGUGAAGAGUUCUUAUUAUUAAAGCCAGACGCCCUCACAAACAUGCCGCCGCACUGAGAUAACCGCUUUAAGUCAAAAAGAUUGCUUUUUUUCUUUUUGGCAUUUUCUGCAGAGACUCAGGAUUCUCCAUGGAUGAGGAAGGAGGAAACAAGUCUCUAAGCAUCGAACAGGGCCUUCAACAGAGCCCUCAAAUUGAUGGGGUCACUUCUGCUCAUACCGUGGACAACGAUUCAUGGCAACAAGUAGGGUUGCUGCUGAUAACCAGCUUCAACUGUGGAUGGAUACUUACCUUCUCGAAUUUGAUAAUGGUGCCGCUGAGUUGGAAAUGGGGCGUCCUCUGCCUUGUUGUUGUGGGACUCUACACAGCAUAUGCAAACUGGCUCUUAGCAUCGUUUCACUUCAUCAAUGGCCAGAGAUUCAUCAGAUACAGAGACAUCAUGGGAUUCCUUUUCGGCAACACUAUGCAUCGACUCACAUGGGCUGCCCAGUUUCUGACUCUUCUUCUUGGAAACAUGGGUUUCAUGAUCCUCGGAGGCCAAGCCCUUAAAGCAAUAAAUUCAGAGUUCAGCGAUUCACCGCUGCGGCUUCAAUAUUACAUAGUCAUAACAGGAGCAGCUUAUCUCAUAUUUGCCUUCUUCAUUCCAACUUUGUCGGCCAUGAAAAAUUGGCUAGCACUUUCCGCCGUCCUUACCUUCGCAUACAUCGCAGUGACUUUGUUUGUUGUAGCCAAAGAUGGUAAAUCAAACUCCAACAGAGACUAUGAUAUUAGCGGGAGCGAGGUGAGCAUGGUGUUCAAUGCCUUGGGCUCCAUCUCUGCCAUCAUCGUCUCCAACACUUCAGGCCUGCUACCAGAGAUACAGUCAACUCUGAGGAAGCCAGCAGUGAGGAACAUGAGGAAGGCGCUAUAUUCGCAGUAUACAGUGGGGCUCCUAUUCUAUUACGGAGUUAUCGUAGCUGGCUACUGGGCUUACGGAUCAAAUGUGUCGGCAUACCUCCCCGAAAACUUUAGUGGGCCUAAAUGGGCCAUUGUCCUUGUCAACGCCGUCGUCUUCCUCCAGUCAGUGGUCUCUCAACACAUGUUUGUGGCACCAAUUCAUGAGGCGUUGGAUACCAAAUACCUGGAUAUUGACAAGGGGAUGCAUGAGAAGCAAAACCUGAGACGCUUGUUCCUCGUACGGACACUCUUCUUUUCAGGCAACACAUUGGUCUCCGCCGCUUUUCCUUUCAUGGGCGACUUCGUCAACUUGCUCGGUUCUUUUUCUCUCAUUCCCCUCACCUUCGUCUUCCCCAGCAUGAUCUUCCUCAAGGUGAAGGGAAAGACGGCAAGAAUAGAGAAGAGAGCAUGGCACUGGUUCAGCAUCAUGUUUUCUUCUGCGCUCGCAGUAGCAACCACCAUUUCUGCAGUUCGAUUAAUCGUUGACAACACCCGUAAGUAUCACUUCUUUGCUGAUGUGUGAUAUAUCAGUUGCUCUUAUCUUAAACCUCACGUCCUUGUAUGAGGAAUAUAUGAACUCUCAGACGCCUAGUUUUGUUUCGGUUUUUUUUUUUUUGGUGGGGGUGGUGGGGUGAGGGUGGCAUUCCAAACAAAGAUGUUGAAACUUGAAAGUUAUACUACAUAGCAAGUUUUCUUAGUUCGAAUCUGUUGUUUUAUGUAAAGCCAAAACAAACAUGUAUGUGUUCAUGUGAUGGGUUUUGUGGCACGUGGAUGAAAGAAAAAUCAAAUUCAUGUAAA